GCGCGCGCGAGGCCACCGGGGUCUGGGGCCCAGGCCCACCGGGCCCCACGCGCUGCCCGGCCCGACGCGGCUCGGGUGCGGCAGGGAAGGGGCGGCCGGACGGACUCGGUCCCGCGCCCUCCGCGCCCGUCGCCCCUCCUCCCGGGCUCCCCUCGGCGAAACCCGAGCGCGCGUCCGACGCGGGGCCGCGUGACGCGCACCUGUCGGGGCGGGCGGCGCUUGCGGAAGAAGAUGCGCGGGGCCCGGGCCUGGCCCGAGCCCGGCCCGCCGAGCCCCGCGCCCAGCGCCGCCGCCGCCCACGUUUCCCGGAGAAGCGGCCGGCAGUGACGGGCGAGAUGAAGUCAGCGCUCACAGCUCUGGGAAUGUUGGCCGAGCUGUACUUUAAAAGGCGGCCUGGCUGUUGGAAGAUGCUCGCAGUGGCAGUGUGCAUGGUCCUUCUGGCCGGCCUGCAGGCCCAGGAUCUCCAGGGACAUGUCUCCGUAAUCCUGCUGGGAGCGACUGGAGACCUGGCCAAGAAAUACUUAUGGCAGGGACUGUUCCAGCUGUACCUGGAUGAGGUGGGGAAGGGCUACAGUUUCAGCUUCCACGGGGCUGCUCUGACAUCCACCAAGCAGGGCCAGGAGUUCGUUGCCAAGGUCCUGGAGUCCCUCUCCUGUCCUGAGGACGUGGCACCCGAGCGCUGUGCCGAACUCAGGGGCCGGUUCCAGCAGCGGAGCCAGUACCGCCGCCUGAGGACGAGCGAGGACUAUAUGGCCCUGAGCAAGGACAUCGAGGCACAGCUCCAACACGAAGGCCUCCGGGAGGCUGGCAGGAUUUUCUACUUCUCGGUGCCGCCCUUUGCCUAUGCGGACAUUGCCCGCAGCAUCAACAGCAGCUGCCGCCCAGGCCCCGGCGCCUGGCUGCGGGUUGUCCUGGAGAAGCCCUUUGGCCACGACCGCCUCUCAGCCCAGCAGCUGGCCACGGAACUUAGGAGCUUUUUCCAAGAGGAGGAGAUGUACCGGGUGGACCAUUACCUGGGCAAGCAGGCCGUGGCUCAGAUCCUGCCUUUCCGAGACCAGAAUCGCAAGGCCUUGGACGGCCUCUGGAACCGGCACCACGUGGAGCGGGUGGAGAUCAUCAUGAAGGAGACGGUGGACGCAGAAGGCCGCACUGGCUUCUACGAGGAGUACGGCGUCAUCCGCGAUGUGCUCCAGAACCACCUGACGGAGAUCCUCACCCUCGUGGCCAUGGAGCUGCCCUACAACGUCAGCAGCUCAGAGGCCGUGCUGCGGCACAAGCUCCAGGCCUUCCAGGCUCUGCGGGGCCUGCACAAGGACAGUGCCGUCCUGGGCCAGUACCAGGCGUACAGCGGACAGGUGCGCCGAGAGCAGCAGAAGCCAGACAGCUUCCACAGCCUGACGCCGACCUUCGCAGGCAUCCUUGUUCACAUGGACAACCUUCGCUGGGAGGGCGUCCCUUUCAUCCUGAUGUCUGGCAAAGCCUUGGAUGAGAGAGUGGGCUACGUGCGGAUCUUGUUCCGGAACCAGGCUUACUGCGCCCAGACCGAGACGCGCUGGGUGGCGGACCAGAGCCAGUGCCUGCCACGGCAGAUCGUCUUCUACAUCGGACACGGUGAGCUGGGCAGUCCCGCCGUGCUGGUCAGUCGGAACCUGUUCAGGCCCUUCCUGCCCUCCGGGAGCUGGAAGGAAGUGGAGGACCGGCCCGGGCUCCGCCUUUUUGGCCGCCCCCUGUCGGAUUUCUAUGCGUACAGCCCCGUGAGGGAGCAGGACGCCUAUUCUGUCCUCAUAUCUCACAUCUUCCACGGCCGCAAGGACUCGUUCAUCACCACAGAGAACUUGCUGGCCUCCUGGGCCUUCUGGACCCCCCUGCUGGACAGCCUGGCCCAUGAGGCCCCGCGCCUCUACCCAGGAGGAGCUGAGAACGGGCACCUGUUGGACUUCGAGUUUACUGGCACCCAGUUGCGCUUUUCCCAGCAGCAGCCGGAGCAGCUGGUGCCAGGGCCAGGCUCCGCUCCGAGUCCCAGCGACUUCCAGGUUCUCCAGUCUAAGUACCGGGACAGCCCGCUGAUCUCGGCCUGGCCGGAGGAGCUGAUCGCGAAGCUGGCCGAUGACAUCGAGGCCACGGCUAUGCGGGCGGUGCGGCGCUUCGGCGAGUUCCACCUGGCGCUGUCAGGCGGCUCCAGCCCCGUGCCCCUGUUCCAGCAGCUCGCCACCCGGCACUACGGCUUCCCCUGGGCGCACACGCACCUGUGGCUGGUGGAUGAGCGCUGCGUCCCGCUUCGCGACCCUGAGUCGAACUUCCAGGGGCUGCAGGCGCACCUGCUGCAGCACAUCAGGGUCCCCUACUACAACGUCCACCCCAUGCCAGUGCACCUGCACCAGCGCCUCUGUGCCGAGGAGGACCAGGGCGCCCAGAUGUAUGCCAGUGAGAUCUCGGCCCUGGUGACCAACAGCAGCUUCGACCUGGUGCUGCUGGGCAUGGGCACGGAUGGGCACACGGCCUCUCUGUUCCCGCAGUCGCCCGCCGGCCUGGAGGGCCCACAGCCAGUGGUGCUGACCAGGAGCCCCUCCAAGCCACACCAGCGCAUGAGCCUCAGCCUGCCGCUCAUCAACCGUGCCCGCAAGGUGGCCAUCCUGGUCAUGGGCAGGAUGAAGCGGGAGAUCACCUUGCUGGUGAGCCGCGUGGGCCAUGAGCCUAAGAAGUGGCCCAUUUCGGGGGUCCUGCCUAGUUCUGGCCAGCUGGUUUGGUAUAUGGACUAUGAGGCUUUCCUGGGAUGAUGGUGCCUCUGGUCUUUGCGCACUCCCACGCUUACUUUCCCCUGUCCUGUCCCCUUCCCCUUAGUCCUGCCACCUGCCCUGGCCCUCUGGAAUCUGAUGCCUCAGGGUUAAGUCCCCAGAGAGGAAAGAACCAGGCCUUAUCCCAAUCCCUUUGACAAUCUCUAUCCAGUUGUGGUGGGUGGACACAGACGCAGGGAAGAAAUGGAGGCUCUGCUCUUGAGAAGCUUCCAGUCCAAGUCAGGAGAGGAAUAGCCACCUUAAGAACAUACCAGCAGCAGUUACACGAUAACAUCAGCCAGCACAAAAUAAGAUGUUGUGGAAGCUCCCAACUUCAACAGAAAUGCAACAGCUAAGGUUAAUCAGGGAAGGCUUCCUGGAGGAGGUGAUCCUUGAACUGACUCCUGGGGAAAAGAAGACUGAAUAGUAGUGAGACGGGGGCACAGGUGUCCAUCAGGUACAGUGCCCAUGCCAAGCAGGUGCUAGAAACCGUCUGGAGACCUCGAGUUGGCCAUUUCUUCUAUCCCUCCCUUUCUUCCCGAGCCUCUGGCAUUUAGCCUACUGUCCUGCCCUCUCUGUGGCUGCUUCCUCCUGCUCUGUCUCUCUGGGUUCCCUUUCCCCCUGUCUUCCUGCUGUCCCGCAGACAGAUGAAGGGCGGUAGCAGUGAUACAGCGGCAAACAGUGGGAAGUUUCUUGCAAGUGGUGUUUGGAGCUCCCUUUGUCCGUAGGUGAACUUCUCUGUGUGGGGGAGGCCCCCUGCCCACUCUCCAUUCUCUGGCCAACCCCCUUCGUGAUACGCAGUGGGCAUAGAUGACUCGGCCAUUCCAGGGGUCCCUCACUCCAGAGGGUCCUUUACACCUCAGACUUCCUGUGGGCGUUUCCACUCUCUUGCUUUACCACGCAAGAUCCGGUUAAGUCUUUCUGUGAUGGGGUCACGUCGUUUGUGGGGAGAGAUGUGAGGGAAAUCGUCCGGACCACCCAGGGGCUCUGAUCUGACCAGACAGGGGCUGGGCCUCCACCACAGGGCGGCUGCGGUUCCCAGGCGGCGCUGGCUGCCCACGGGCUUCUCAGGGACUCGACCAGUUUGCAGCACCCCCCCUUCACACUACCUCUCAGGGGCACGGAGUCUGCUUGCUGUCUGCUGGCCCCUCCUGCUGCAUCUCCUGCACCGCCACACGCUGACCACCUGGGGAGACAGACGGGAAGCCCCUGUUGAGAGGAGGUGGGGGCUCUGCUCUCCAUUAACAGUGGCGGGGGGUGGGGUGUCUCUCUGAAAUCCCUUUAAGAAGUAUUCUCACACAUUUAGUUGGUAUUUCAGCUGCCCACACGCUCAUGCUCCCAAGGCAGGACUGGGAGGGAAUGAGCCCGAUUUUUCCCGGGUGGCUGCUCUCUUGUUUUACAGUCACACCUUGUGUCACUUGUUGGUGUCACCCUGAGGGCUCUCCUUGGUGAGGAAAUACGUCAUCGGCAGACGUAUUUCUCUGCUUUUGAUUGUUUAUACUUUCUUCAAGGCUAUGGAUUGAAAAGAAUUCCGGGGCCUGAGCUGGGGGUUCUCCGUGGGAAAGGCUCUCGUGUUCUAAGCCCCGUGGCCUUCCACGACCCUCCGAUAGGACGGCUCUCCUUCCACCGGGAGAGCUGACCUUGGCAAAGCUCUCCCACUGCCGGGUCGGCAAGUCUCUGUGUCUGGGGGUCUGCGUUUUAGCUGUUUUCUUUUGCCUCCAGGGCUCGUGCUCCUGAGGGGACACGGAUGGUUGCAGGCCCGGUGCCGCCUGUGGCCACGUGGGGGCGCUCUUGCACCGUCCCUGCCCUCCCCUCCCCUCCCGGGAGCCCAGGAGCCCUUGGCCUUGAACACGCCCCCAUGUGUUCUUCAGAAACUUCAUCCUCUGUGGUUGUAACACCGCUGCAGCUAGGCCAGCAGGCUCUUGAUGUCACCAUUGCUGAAUAAUAGUGAGUCCGUGUGGGCCUGAGCCCAGGACCUCCCGUCCGAGGGGAGGGUCCUGCCUUCAUCCGUGGUUGGGUCAGGGGCGGAGGCUGGGGCAGGGGGGCCAAGUGGUGUCCUGAGAUCACAGCAGAAAAGUCCACCAGGAGACCCUGCCAGUGUUCCCCUGGGUCCGCUUGCUCCCUCGUCCCGUACUGGGCCACCUAGACUCGUGGUGUUCCGCCUUUCUGGACCAUGACCCACGGCCGGAAGCACACCUUACCGCGGGAGUCCGUGAUCACAUUCGUGUGCGAGUCUGCCCCACGCACAAGUCCCAUGAAGGGAUUCUUACCUUAGGACGUGAGACGCCCUCCAGUUUCUAUUUUUUGUGUUUGAGAAAAGCUGCUUAGAGCCUGUUAGAUCGAGCUGAUACAUUGUUCGGAAAAUGCUGCUCUGAUCCAACUUCACGCUGUCCGUGAGCCGAGGCCCUGAGGGGCAGAAGGGAGCCCGUGUGUCGAGCUCCCCCGGGGACCACGAGGGAGCACGCUGGGACGGGAGCCCGGGCUGUUCCCCGGGCUGUUCCCCAGGUUCGUGCCGCGGGCCCGCCUGCUGCAGCGAGGCUGCUGUGGCCCCAGCGUGGCUCUGCCCCCCCCCCCUUGCCGGGUGCUCAGCUCCCUUCCUCAAGGGGUUGACGAGGACCCGGCUGGCAUGACACAUUGUGCUUGUGGCCUCCACUCUCUCAUGCGGCCAGUGAGGAACGUGAGGGGGUCCUUGUUUGCAGAGACUUGGACACCAGAACAGCAGUUGUCUGAUGCCACCAGGCCACGGUGCCCCGAGGGGCGGGCGGGAGCCUGCCUGUCUUCGUGGACCUGGGGGGGCUGGUAUUAGCAUCUCUAGAGCGAGCCCCUCGCCGUGUGCUGUGGGGAGAGAAGGGGGGGGAGGGGCUUUCCAGGUGGUCGAGAGCCAGACUCGGAGUUUGCUCUGGGAGCACGGUUCUCUGCUGACCUCAAGUCACAACAGUCGGGUCGCGCUGGCCGCUGCUGCUCGCUUCUCUGCAGACAGAGCUCUAGUCCCACCCUGGGCCUGGCGGGUCAGAGUGACCCCCUCCCCGGGUCGUCUCCCCGGAGGACCAGGCCUGCUGUCCCCGGGGCCCAGAGCUCGCGGCUGCUCUGCCUCACUCCCUCGCUUCCCCGUUUGUCCAGAGAGCUGAGGGCCGUGUGGCAGAGAAAGGAGGGGGGAAGCUUUCAUAGGCCCUUGAGGGGUGGUUUCCCGCUGUUUAGUUUUCCAGGGACAAAAAAAAUUUUAUUUUCAACAAAAACACAUGGGGCCUCACAGAAGCAGCAUAGACUCAGUCUGGGUCGGUUUUAUCCGGUUAGGUUUUUCUCCUAAGGAGACAGGAGCCUGCAGACCUCAGGCCACUUGUAGAGAAGCUGCCUGGUGGCGUGUUCGAGAACGCACGAGGCCCAGGGAGAGGCCCGUGGUGGCCGGCCUGUGCCAUCCAUGGCCGCCUGCCCCUUGAAAGACAAACCCAGAGGGCCAAGGGCCGUGAGAGGGCAGUUGCCACCCAGUGUCGCCGCGCCGUCCCCUGCCGUCAGCCUCCCUGCUUGUACCACCCCCAGCCCCUACCCCGGGACCUCCUGCCACCCUCUGCUGGGCCCACAGCUGCAGCCCGUGCUGGGGGCGCUCGAGGGGCUGCUCGCUUCAUUCCAGGGUCCCCUCCUCCAGCCACACCAGCGUCGCCUGCUAACAGGAGCCCAAGGGGGCGUCCGGCCGGAUCACAGGGGCGAGCGGCUCAGUUGGUCCGCCCGGUGUUCAGAGGCUCUGGGAAUGUUUGUUCCAGCAACAAGUGUCACCUGGUUGGAAGUGUGGCUGGCUUCCCCCGUGGGCCCUGCCGGCCCUCUGCCCGCUGCAGCUCACCGGAGCCACCGGCUCUGUCCAGCUUCCGUCUGGUGCUAGGGGGCCUGCGGGGGGCGCUGGCGGGCCGUGGGCCCCUCUCACACCCUGUGGCGUCUCCGUGGAAGUGAGGGUCCCUUCGUUCUGGGGACAUGCAGUGGCAGAUGUCUUCUCCAGAGGCGGUGCUCCGUGGCCCCCAGUCGGCAGCCCGGGUGAGGUGUGAGCGCGGCAUCCACGGCUCGUUGCUAAGCGAGGCACAAGCUCACCAGUGCUGUCGCCAGCACGGGACUGGAGGAGGCAUUUCUGAAAUCCUAGCGAGCUGGGGAGAGUGAUCUCCCUGGGGAAUCAUCCUCCCUGGGGAGCUUCUGUUUGCAAAGCGGACCCUCAGGGGCUGUGUCUGUGCGUGACCUGAAGGCGGACGGGGCGGGGGGCUAGAUGAGUUACGCUUCUGCUUGUGUGUUCGUUCCCUAGGAUGGUCUUUGUCUACACCCCUUGCCCCGCUUUCGGGUGUUUUGCAGGAAGUCUCUGCAUCUUUUCACCCCUCUGGUGCAGGCCGGGUAAACAGACACAUUUUCGGUUGCUGAGAGCCCAGGGAGCACAUUUGAAAGGCUAGUAGUUCGCUGUGGAAGUGGAAGUGCGAACAGAUGCUGCAUAAACUCGUCAGUGUGGUGUUUUGCUGUACCGCUACGGAAGUCUAGAGAGGUCGGUCAUAAAACAUCAUGAGAUACCUAACUAGGAAAGGACGGGUUGCUGGGUUAGGUCCGGUCGAGGGCCCAGAGUGCAUCAGCUCUCCGAGGUGGGACCCGUACAGCCUCCUCCUCCCGGUCCCGCAACCAAGGGCUGAGUGCGGGGUCUUGUCUCCAGCCGGGAAGGCCGAGCUGAUCCCGGGCCGGCAAGAGACCUAGAUGGGGCGCGGGGCCAGCAUGGAAACCAGUGGGUGUCGCGGUCAAGACCGUGUCCGGCCGUCCUGUGCUGGGACACUCCGUACUGGGCUUCUGCCUGGCAAGCAGAGAGGCGAGAACCUCCUUUCUCAGAGGGAUCGUGUCCUUGUGCGGUGGGGAAACCCAAGACGCGAAGCCCUCCCUGGCGAGUGGCAGGGAUGUGCCUUGUCUUCGUUCACGAGGAGAGGCCGACCGCCCCUGGUUUCUGUGGAAGCGGCGGACACUUAGAGAUGUUUUAGACAGUGAGACACAUUCAGAACAGGGUUUUUAAAAUGACUUUUUGUAUGUCAAAUGGAACAUGUAUUUUUUAAACAAUAAAAUUGUUUUGCCAAAA